UUCCUCCGUUUUCGAUUGUUCGAUUCUUGACUCUCACGAGUCUUGACACACCAUUGGUAAAUGUAAAGCCAAACUUCCAUCCCACUCAAACAAACCUUCCAAAACCAUGGAAAAAGCUAAACACCAUCAAACCCAAGAACCCACUUCACCACCAAAAUCUCCCUCAUCAACCUCAACUCUAUCUCGAUCAGACGAUCACAAGAGUUUCUUCACAUGGGUCUUCCUCGAUCAGUCCAAUUUCUGGCACGCUGGUCUCUCCUGGUCCAUUUUCUCACUCCUCGCCAUUGCUGUCCCUCUCUUAUCCCACUUUGUGUACCACUGUAACACUUGUGAUCGAAAUCAUAGGCGCCCCUUUGAUGCAAUUGUGCAGCUCUCUCUCUCUGUUCUCUCUCUCAUCUCUUUCGUCAGCUUGUCUGAUUUUUCCAGAAAAUAUGGGCUGAGAAGGUUUCUGUUUCUUGAUAAACUGAGUGGGGUCAGUGAUCAGGUUCAGAGAGGCUAUACUCAACAGGUUCAUAAAUCAAUGAGGCUCAUGUGUGCAUUUGUUCUUCCCUGCUUCGUUGCUGAUUUUAUGUACAAAAUUUGGUGGUUCACGUCAGGACGAAAUCAGAUCCCCUAUUUUAUAAAUGCCUAUUUGAGCAGCACAGUUGCGUGUUUUUUAAUGCUCUCUUCCUGGUUGUACAGAACAUCAAUAUUCUUCCUUGUAUGCAUUCUUUUCCAGGUGAUAUGCCACCUUCAGAUACUCAGGUUGGAAGACUUUGCUCAGGUUUUCCAUAAGGACUCUGACGUAGGGUUAAUCUUGCUUGAACAUCUGGCAAUCCGAAGAACCCUUCGUAUUAUUAGCCAUAGAUUCCGGAGGUUCAUUUUGUUGACUCUGAUCUUGGUAAUGGCAAGUCAGUUUGCUUCUUUGCUUGUGACAACAAAAAAAGGCUCAGAUUUCAAUUUCUUUAAUGGCGGGGAACUUGCGUUAACCUCAAUAACUCUGGUGACCGGUCUCUUGAUAUGCCUGCGCAGUGCUGCAAAAAUUACACACCGAGCACAGGCUAUUACAAGCCUUGCAGCAAAAUGGAAUGCAUGUUCCACUAUCAACUCCUUUGAUGACAUGGAGAAUGAAACUCCAAGAGCUCAGGUUGCUGCACCCAGGGUAGAUUGUAUCGCUGGGAACUUGGAUUCCAACAAUGAAGAAGGCGAGGAAGAUGCUAUAGACAAUACAAAUAUGAUGCCAAUCUUUACCCAUACAAUGUCCUACCAGAAGAGACAAGCUCUUGUGACAUACUUUGAAAACAACAAAGCGGGGAUUACAGUGUUCGGAUUCAUGCUAGACCGGUCAUCACUUCGUAUUGUUUUUGCUAUUCAGUUGUCCCUUACUCUCUGGUUGCUGAGCAAGACCAUAGGAUCUUCUCCUAUAUUCAAUACUAACCUAGAAUGAGAACUCACUCCUGCAGUUACGAUAGUAGGUAUGUCUGUUCCUACUUGUCUGUUUGUAUCCGUGUAUAGCAACCACUGGUUCAGUACACUGCCUUCAGUGACAUUAGCUUGACGAUCAGGCAUCAGCAUCAAAAAUGACUUCAGUUUAAGUUCUCCUUGUCAAACGCGCACAGAGAAACUGUUCGUUAGGAAGUAAAGCGUUAUAUUCUUACCAAUCAAGGAUGCAUUUUAUAGUUUGGACAUGAAAGUACCAUACAUCAGUACAUCACUAAUGUUUGUUUGGUGCUUUUUUAUUAUAUGAGA